AUGAAGUUGAAGUAUUUUGAAGAAUUGAAUUUUUAUUUGAAAGAAGCGAAACGAGAGCUGAAAAUUUUCAAAUGGUCUUGCGUUGUUUCCUUUGUUCUUUUCUUCUUAUCAAUCCAUUCUGCUCGAAAAAACUCGUUUGAAAACUUCGCGUUUCCAAUUGAAAAUCGUCUUCCUUACGAUGCAUCCAUCAACUUCUCCUUAUUCCGGUCCUUCAAGCUGCAACGAGAGUUUGAGAAUUUAAAGAUUCUUGAGGAGACAGUUCAAACUAAAAACAUCACAAGAAACUUGAUUGUUAUUCCUGAGAUAAAACUGACUUACGAAAAAGCUCAAGACUUUUGCGAGUCCCGUGAUGCUCAUCUUCCGACAAAUUUUCAGAAAACCUCUUUGUUGAAUGAAUCCUUCUGGGUUGAAGGAGACGUGAAUUUUAUCACAAAAGAAGCAAAUAUUUCCGCUGAAAUCAACGAUGAGACUUUGGAAAAUAUGUUCAAGAUAAUCGAAAAAGAACAAAGAUUUAUGGAAAUCCGAUCAGAUUUUUGGCAUGAAAAACCUUGCCAUUAUCCCAUGAAAACCGAUUUCUACGAAAAAUUUACGAAGAGCUUUGUUUGUGAAAAUGACACAUUUACCGAGCUUGGUCUCGUGAAAGUGUGGACUUCAAAAACUAUCCACUGCAAAGUCAAAAAACUGACGAGAGACUUUCUCCUUGAAAACAAUCUCUUCAACAAUCAGUUUCUCUACACUAGUUGGAUAAGAGCGUCGACUGCGCCUGGAUUCAGCAGAAGGAUUUCUGGCUGGACUCUCGCUGAAGCUUGGAAACAAGGACAAGACCAGAUGCCGAUUUGCUAUCCAGAUUCAUGGGUCAAGCACUUGGUUCAAGAAGACUCGGAAUUGAGAGUUUCCUUGAGAUCGAAAAAUCGAGUUCUCUGCAUUCAAAAUUAG